UUCUUUUUAUUCGCAAGAUCUUGACAAAAAAUACCAAAAGACCAGACGCUAUAGCUCAUUUAUAAAAUCGUAUUUGGAGUAUUUAUUGAAAAUGCAUCGUUGGUUCUUUCUAAACGAGCUCGAGUACUGCGAGCCUAAAGAGGGCGACUCAGCAGACGACCAGUUCAGCGUCGGUGAUGAAACACAGGCUCCACCGGUGAAGGUGCCUACUCGGGAAUGGCCCUUUUGCGUGACCGUUGACAAGCCCUUGGAGGGCAACGAGAAAAUCGCCGUUACUGGAAACUGUAAUGAACUCGGCAAUUGGGAACCGAAUAGGGUUGUCCUCCUGGAGAAACCGAACUGUCUCUGCGAGCAGCAGUGCACGUGCUGCAAGUUCGAGGGCUUGAUUACCAUACCUCGCAACAUUGACAUCGAGUAUCGCUACUGCCUGGUGGCCCACGAUCCGAUUAGGAAUCAGAGUAUCAUACGCUUUUGGGAGGUUCAUAUGCGGCCAAGAAUCAUUCGCCCGUGCCAGAACAUGCUGAAGGAUUGCGAUCGAUUUGGCUAUCAGGAAGAUGGCAAGUACCGCGUUGAUCGCGGCUGGGCGACUACCGAGUCCAUUGUACACUUUCGAAUUUUCAAUGCGCCAUUCGUAUGGCAAUGUCAGCGACCUCGCACUCUUUACGUUCACCUUCAACCUAUGUUUGAGGCGCAGCCCCCGGAGUGUGCCGAGUCGCAAGGCGAUGCAGUGCAUCUCACCACAGCAGAGCAGCUGUCGCGCAUGCGCGGCGCCCACGAGAACGAUCAAAGCCAACAGGUGGCCUACACUGAGGUGGCCCAGUUUGGAAACUCCUGCCCUCUGCAGUUCCAGCCGUGGUACGGGGCCCGCUGCGGACGAGAAGAUCUGACGCUAUACCAUUGCGCCAUAACGGACUUGGAACACACUCUUUAUCGCUUGGACCUGUACACCUUUUCGCAGAAGGGCAGUGGCGAUGAGCCGCCGUAUCACUACGGCUACGGAUUUGUGCAGGCCAACCAGGUGGUGGGCACAGAGGGUUUUGUGAAACUACCCGUGACAUGCGCCUCCACCCAUCGUCCACUCAUUGAGAUGAGUCUGAGCUAUAUGGUCAUACGUCCGAUGCAGAACUAUCAGUGCGAUUUAAGCAUAACCUAUGAGCGCUACUGGCGGCGCUACCAUCUGCCGCUUGACAUCGGACACCGGGGCGCCGGUACCAGCUAUUGGAUAGGUGCGAACUUGCAUCGGGAGAAUACGCUGUUCGCCUUCAAGCGGGCCAUCGAGCACAACGCGGACAUGGUGGAAUUCGACAUCCAGCUCACGAAAGAUGCCAAGGUGGUGGUCUAUCAUGACCAUGUGCUCCGAUUCCUGCUGGGACGCUGCCCUGAGUAUGAGGAGCUAAUGGACGAACACGACAUGCUCGUCUUUCCGUACGAGAAACUCAGUCGCUUGCAGCUGCUGCAAAUGGGCGGAAGCAGGCGCAGCGGACACAUUGCCAUGCCCUUUGACGCCUUCAACUAUGACCAACUGAAGCUGGCCCGCGUCCUCCGUUUCACGGGCAACGACGGCUGCGAGACCUCUUGCGAGCGUAUGCUGUACGAGCAGUCGCCCUUCCCGCUGCUGAUUGACUUACUGCGUACCGACUUUAAUGACAAUGCGCUACCCGAAAGGUUGGGAUUCAACAUAGAAAUCAAGUGGCCGCAAAAGGACAUUACUAAGCGUUGGGAGGGCGAUGGUUUCAAGCCCAGUUUUGAUCGAAACUUCUUUGUGGACACCAUUCUGGACAUUGUUCUUGUGCAUGGUGGCAAACGUCGCAUCAUGUUCAGCUGCUUCGAUCCGGACAUUUGCACAAUGUUGCGCUACAAACAAAAUCGCUAUCCGGUUUUGCUAAUCACUCAGAAUCCGGAAUGCUCAAUGCAAUAUUUGGAUCAGCGCGUCAACACGAUGAGCAAUGCCAUCAACCUGGCAUAUAUUCUAGAGUUCUUCGGCCUUGAAUUGCACACGUAUUCGAUUUUGAAGCAACCGACGCUGAUCGCCGUACUGCAGGAUCUGAAACUAAAGGCAUUGGCUUGGGGUGCGAUGAAUGUGGAGGCAGAUGUUCGAGAUAGAUUGAAGCAGUGCGGCGUCAUUGGCGUCAUUUACGAUCGCAUCGAUCAACUCGAUCAGGCUGGCUUGCAGAUGCAGGGCAUCAAUCUGUGCCUUAUAGAUAGUGCAGGCUUGCGCCCAUAUAUCGACGCCAUAGAGGUAGCCGAGUGGUGGGCCAAGUGCGGCUAUCGACCACCUACACCCGGAAACACCAGAGACAACAGUAUCUGAGAAAUUCGAGCUUUUACAACACACAAGCACACUACUUUGGACCUCUUCUGUCGUUCAAUUAUUUUAAUUUUAAAUUAAAUUGCAGUUAAUAACAACAAAACCACACUAAUCUACCAUACGCAAAAAUACAGCAACUUUUAAUAUACUAAUAUAAAAUAUAUGUAUAUAAUACUA